CUUCCUUAAUUCCUUCUUUCUUAGUCUCCCUCAGCUUUGGCCUGGUCUUCUCCAGCUCCGGCCCAGAUAAGCCCAGCAGCCAUUGCCCUAGUCCUGGCUUGGUUGUUGAGUAUUAGGGAGGUGGCUCUGGCCCGUGUUCCCACUUGCUGAGUCUCAUUUGCCGUUCGUCAGUAGCCAUGGACUUGCACUUAGAUGACUCCCAGGCACUCAGUCACCCUCCUAGUCUCCACAAGGGACAUUCCCAGACCACCACAAUACUAGACGACGUGAGCCUGCAGUUGGAUGGAGAUGUCCCCUUUGUUCUGGGAGAUGGGCUUUUAGAGAAGACAGGAGCUGUGGUCAUCGACAUGGGCACAGGCACUUGCAAGUCUGGCUUUGCCGGCCAGGCAAAGCCCAUGUCCACCGUGGCCACCAUGCUCGGCCGCCUACCAGAGAAGGCUUCAACAGCAAGCCAGCCUCAGCUGCCCACCUUCAUCGGGGAGAGUGCUAGAGAGCACCCGGGACUCAGCCUGAUCCAGCCCCUGAGGAACGGCAUCAUCGUGGACUGGGAGGCAGCCGAGACCCUCUGGCACUACAUUUUCUACAAUGACUUGGGAGUGGCCCCUGAGGAUCACGCCCUCCUUCUCUCCGAUCCACCAUUCAGCCCCACGACCAACCGGGAAAAGCUGGUGGAGGUGGUGUUCGAGUCCCUUCGCUCUCCAGGAAUGUACGUGGCCUACCAGUCAGUGCUCUCCGUCUAUGCCCAUGGACUGGUCAGUGGGCUGGUGGUGGAUACGGGCCAUGGUGUGACCCACACCGUCCCAGUCUAUCAGGGCUAUAACCUGCCCCACGCCACCGAGCGGAUGGAUUUAGCGGGGGCCCACCUGACAGCCUUCCUGGCAGAGAUGCUUCGGGGUGCCGGCUACCCCUUCAGUGACCGGGACACCUCCCUGGUAGAGAGCAUCAAACACCAAUGCUGCUAUGUUGCUGCCGACUUCAUCACGGAGCAGAAACAGCCCGCCAAGGCCAACCGAGAGACCUUCCAGCUGCCCGACGGCCAGGUCAUCAGCCUUGGCAAAGAGCGUUUCCAGUGCCCCGAGCUGCUCUUCAACCCCCCAGAAAUACCAGGACUUGUACCACUGGGCAUCCCUGACAUGGCCAAGGAAAGCCUGAGGAAGGUGCCCAACGAGGCCCGUGAAGACGUUUCCCAGAAUGUCCUGCUUUGUGGGGGUUCUUCCCUCUUUCCGGGGCUGGAGCAGCGGUUCACCAAGGAGCUGCUCCAAGGGGCACCUCCCCAGACCUGCAUAGCCGUGUGUGCCCAGCCCCUAAGGAACUACUCUGUGUGGAUUGGAGGGUCCAUCCUUGCUUCUCUCCGAGCUUUUCAAUCCUGCUGGAUCCAACGGGCCCAGUAUGAGGAGCAGGGCCCCUACAUCGUCUAUCAGAAGUGCUAUUGAUGCCAGUGGGUAGGCGGGUGGGUACCAAGGAAGCAAUAAAGGAAGAAGCUAUAUGAACCCAGAGCCAAGCC